UAGGCAGCAGUCACGCAGAUACGUAAUCCCCACGCGAGUCGGCUUUUAAAAAAUAAUAAAGCAGACAGCAUGUGGAAAACCUGUAUUGAGACGGCCUUAGCAGCAACGAGUUAGUAGCGCUCGAUAGGUGAAUCGCAGCGACCGCAAAAACCUCGCUUUACGGGUGUUGCCUGUAUCCUUCUCUUUUUCUUCCUCUUUUUUUCUUUGGCGCUCGUUCCAUAUUUUUUUUUCUUUUAUAUAUAAACAAAUGCAACAUUAUAGCUGCAAGUAAUAUUGCCAUAAUCAUGUGUACGAAUAUCAGGGGGAUUCUGAUAUUUGAUCAUUUGAACGAUGUUCUGUUCGCCAAGUGCAACGACAAGUUCGUCGAUCACAUUCAAAAGUUGGCCAGACUCCAGGGUUUACUCGCCGAAAAUAAGGAUGAAAGUGACUCAUCGAGCUUCAAACCAACUCCAAACAUUCUCAUGCAGUUGUUCUCUCCAAUUGUUACGUCACAAUAUCUUAUGGCAUCACAAUUCGGCAAUACAUACACAUCAAUGAAGUGUCAAGAUGGCACUAAUAUUGUAUUUGAUGAAUACAUGGGAUACACAUUUAUCUACAUAUCAGAUGAAGUAGUGGAGUUAAUGCGAAGAACUGUGGGUAUUUGUGUAACUAUUGUCAAGCAUUUUUGUGGUCCUAAUGUAUCUUUAUUGAAAACUAGUAGACAAAAAGUGGAACUUGUUUCACACCUUAUGGAUGCAUGGGUAGAAUUAAGGAAAUCUGAACAGAGUAUUUUAACAGAAACUGUUGAACAAUUAUCAGUAAAUGCAGAUUUAGCUUCAACAACUUUAGGAGUUUUAAGUGAUGCAGCUGAUAAAUUGAAAGCUCAAUCAGAAUUCUCGAAUGUACAUGUUUUGGUGUUAGUUGAACACAAAUUUAUGUCUUUAUUUUCUAGUAUAAAAGCACAGGAUUUAUUGGCAUCUGACAUUUUGUUAAUGGUUCUCUUGUGUCAUGUAGCCAAUAAAAGCAUAAAGGGAGAUUAUGAAAAGAACAUCAAAGCCAACGACACUCUGUUGUCUCGGAGUGGUGCAAUACAAAAAGAGCAAGAUAAGCCUCCUGAUAAUUUGGAAAAACUGACGAUUCCAACAUCUGUAGAUAUAUGUAAUUUAUUUGAAGGUACAAGGGACUCCUCUAUUAGUGAAAAUCUAUCUUGGUUAGCUUCCGAUGAACUUAACAGUCAAGUGAUGCUUCUUGGCUCCCAAGACUGUGGUUAUACAGCAAAUGCUAUUCAUAUAUUUCAAUUAGCUGAUGGGAUAAAUUUAGUGACAAUAGUAGAAAUGACAAAUUUAACUAUUUCAUCUAGCUUGUGCGAUAGUUUUUAUCAUUUGAAUGUCAUAAAUGGAUUACAACUGCAAAGAGAUAUUGAUGAACUGAGACCAGCAUUUGAUAAUCUUGAAGCAUCUAUCAAAAAAACUUUGGAUGGUAUUAAGAAAAACAGAGGUAACAUUAGUAAUGAUGUUGAUAUGUGCCAAAGACGACUACAAAUGAAAUGGGAACAAGUUAGGAAAAAAUAUAUGGAGCUUUUGAAAACUAGGGAUCCUGAAACUGUUUUACAAAUUGAGUCCAGUACACAAAGUUUUGUAGAAUCACUGAAAGAUUUGUUCAAGCUUAUUUGCUUGAAUAAAAAUUUUGUACAAUUAGGACGAGAUGUAGUCACAACUGUUAGCAAACUUGUCAGUCAAAAACUGAAUGAGUUUAGCGAUUUUCUAAAAAUUAAAGCUAUAAAAAACUUCACUAUUGGAUCUUCUCUAACAAUCAACAAAUAUCUAGAAGAAUUUCCAGGACUGGUGCAUUUUAUAUACAUUGAUAGGACAACUCACAGAUUAAUAGCACCAACAAUAGACUUCAGUAAUUCAGAAACUUUAACAUUAACAAUAAAGAAGAUCUGGACAAUGGUUGAACAGAGUAGAAUACACCUGCAAGAAGGUCAUAUGUCCAUAAUGUGGAAAGACACUACCUUUAACUAUGCAUACUUUUUAUGGUUUGAAGAUAGCUCUGGCACAUCAUUAAAAUGCAAAACAUACUUCAAUCACAUAUUAAAAAAUUUUCCCGUUCCUGGUAUUCUUUGUGGAGAUUAUUACAAGAAAUUGGCAGAAGCAUACUUCCCAAAAUUAUCGCCAAACAAGAUUCGCAUUUACGAGUUAUACUGUGUACACUUAGGAUUGGCUACAUCGUCAUGUGUACUUGAACAUUCUAGAAGAUUGGCUGCAACAAUUUGGGAAAUUACCGGUCUGCCCAACAAUCCUGCAGACAUACUAUAA